AUGGGGGAGGAUGGGUAUCUACCGCCCCCAGAGGCGCAGCAGUUCCCCCGAGACAUUCGGGCGUUUCAAGAGGCGAUGAACCAGCUCGACAGCAAGUUUCUGCAAUUCGCGAAGGAAACUGCGUCUCCAACGGCAAAAAACGAGGAAAUACUGCAGAGUCUCAGCAUGUUAUGGAGACAGCGGCACCUGGAACAACGCCAGGAGGAGGCGCAACAGCAGUGCCUAGGAACCCAAGCAAGUUCACCACUCUUCAACGCGGGGGACGAAGGCCCUUUGACGCGAAAGCGCAGCAGUGCCUUCAGGGCACGAGCCUACAAGACAGCUUAUGAAAUUCUGGGGAGUUCGCGUAUCCCGAUCCACAACAUCGCGGAAGUGCUGCUCCUGCUGCGCGAAGGGGGUCUCGUGCUCAGGGGAGAGGAGAGGAACAUAGUGCAGCGGGGGUCCUUUCGCUCAGCGGUCCUUCAGAAGAUACUGGUGGUACUGUCUCACGGUGUCUCCGAGCUUAUUAGAAAGUCGCGGAGUGCCAUGCGUGAAGGCGCCCUUCACGAUCUCACCAGACUACCCGGGGUCUCUCGGCGCACUGCAGCGAUUCUCUUUGACGAAUACCUGAUUGACAGCGCACAGGCCCUGCGGGACCACCUCGCUUCUCUCGCACCUGGGGCGUCACUCCCCAGCACAGUGGACCAUCCUACAGCUCCGUCGGAGCAGUGGGCGGAGCCCGCAGAGGCUCUGCAGCAGCAGGACAAGGCGGCUGCACUGUUGAAAUUAUUCCCUACUGCGCUCAGCAGGGCUUGCGUCUUGCAUGCAGACAGUUUUGGGGCUUCUAUGGAUGCCGUGGAGUUCGACGAGUGGCAGCAGCAGCUAUUGUUGGUGCAAGAAAGCCUGAGGGAGGCGCCUGCGAUGUCUCCCCCGCUGGUGCUGGACCUGCCUGAGACGGCGAGCCGUUCUGAAGGGUUGCGCGCCUUGCCCGUGUUGUCGCUUGGGGGUGGUAUAUUUCACGGGGGCAACAGAAAGCUCACAGCUCUGUCUUUGCAGGUUUCGCUGUUGCCGAGCUGGACAGAAGAAGAAGGCCUGUUGCCUCCCACUCUAGAACGGGCUAUCUCAAACGGAGGCGAAGGCGCCGGACCUCGCGAGCUGCGCUGGGUGCAGCAACAGUGGGAACGCGUCUCCCAGGUCUUUUCCCGGCUGCGCAUGCAGCUGCAUCGCAGCGUUGUAGAGGCGCUGCAGCAGCGCCACCUCAUAACCAUCCAAAGCGUCCCGCCCCGCGCGUUCCCAUUCGCCACGUUGGCUGCUCGCUGCUGUGCCUCUGCGUAUCGGCGGUUGCAGCAGAAGGUGCAGCGGCAGUGGGGCUGUAGCUUGACCCCCAGUGGGAUUGCGGUAUCUGCCAACAAACCGUCUCCCCCGACCUCCUCACCCCUAAACGACACGGGGUCCCUCUCACCCCCCUGCUCAGCUUCUGCUUCGAGCGAAGACGGGCACGUCCCCCAUCAGAGGUGUGAACCAAAUGCUGCUGCUCCUGCUUUGGUUCCCUCUGCCUUGACAGAACAGGCCUGGUGGGUUCUUGACGAGCAGGGCGUCCUGCGACUCCUGCAGGAGCCCCUCUCGAUGCAAGAACGCGUAGGCGACGUUACCGCCAGCAAGUAG